UCCCCUCGCGAGAAGAAGCACAUGGUGUAAUCAAAUGUUUUUCUGUGAUUUUUACUAUAGUGAUUGGAUUUAUAAGUAGGAAACUUGUACUGGCAUAUAAAUAAAUCUUUUUAUUAACUCCCUCAGCAUUAUGAGGCGAGCUAUCCUUGACAUUCCACGGAUAUGCACCUGUUUAAUCGUUGCAGUUUUGCUUGUGUCAACGAGGGGUACAAAAAUUUCACUUAAUGGUAAAGAAAGAACAGUGCGAUCCGCAGAGAAACCAGUGUCAUGCCAGUUUACAUGUGAUGAUGGCUCAGAUUGUAUACCAGAGUCUUGGGUCUGUGAUCAAACUGCUGACUGUGUAGAUGGCAGUGAUGAAAAAGAGUCAAAAUGUAACAAAAGAACAAGAAGGUCCACAGACGACAAUGAUUUAGAUAAUUCCCUUGAUCAUUCAUUUCGACCAAUCAUCAUUCUACACAAUGUCCAGGAUCUGUUGCCAUGUCAACCAAAUUAUAUGCGCUGUCCGCAAGAAGAAGUAUGCAUUCCAGUUUAUAAAUUCUGUGAUAGAUAUAACGACUGUCCCAUUCAUAAAGGGGACGAAGGAUCAUUUUGUACACAAAUCAAACCAAAUCCCUGUGAUAAGUUAAAUUGUUCCGACUGCCAAAUUAGUCAAUCAUCUUAUGAAUAUGAUCAACCAUCAACUAAAUGCUGCCAAGUUGUUCCCAAGAAUGGACAUCCUGUACCUGUGUGUUUCUGUGAAGACUCUAAAGCCGUACAAAAUUCUACAUGUGUUGAUUUCAAUGAAUGUGACUAUCCUGGCUAUUGUGACCAAGGAUGUCAACAUAAAAAUGAGGCCUACUUGUGUAGCUGUGCCAAUGGUUACAAACAAGAUAAAAUUGGACAGUGUCAUGCAUUAAAUGAGCCCAGUGGACUGGUACCUACCUUACUGAUAGCAGAUUUUAGAAGUAUGAAACAGUUACAAAUGAAUGGAUCGAGAGGACGAUUACCUCUAUUUCCAGGAGAAAACAUAGUGGCUGUUGAUUUUGAUCAUCGGAAACAAGAGGCCUGUUGGCUUGCUUUGGAUAUAACCACCAUUAAUUAUCAAAUGAGAUGUGCUAACCUGCUCACUCAAGUUAUCACAACAAUGGACACCACAGAAGUACCAUAUGGAAUGGUAAAGCAGAUAGCAAAAGACUGGAUAACUGGGAACUGGUAUUUUAUGGACACAGUCAAUGGACAGAUCAUUUUGUGUAAUUCUGCCUGUCGAUUCUGUCGUAGUAUUAUCCAAACUGGUUCUGACAAACCAGCAGCCAUGGUCAUAGAUCCAACUCAAGGAUUCAUAUUUUAUGCCCAAUAUGAUGACAGCCUUGGCAGUUCGACUAUUAUUAGAACCAAAUUAGACGGAAGUAAUCAAACUACAAUAGCUGACAGUAAACUAGUUAAAGUGACCAGUAUGACCAUAGAUUAUGCCAACCAGCACCUCUACGUAGUGGAACAAGAUGUUAUUUAUAGGAUGAACUAUGAUGGGAUGAUGAGAUAUAAGAUAUUCACAAAUCUUCGUGUCAGGAAAUUAGAAGAUAGAAUUCAUGAUUUAUCAAGCAUAUCACUACUAGAAAACUACCUCUAUGUGACAACUCUCGAUGAGCCAAAACGACUUGUUAAAAUCCAUCGCUUUGACUACUCUGUUGCUGCUAUGGAGAUAAAGAAUGACCUUGAACAACCACAUCAAGUUCAUGUAUAUCAUCGUCAAAGGCAACCAGAUCUACCAAAGGGAUUAACGAACCCAUGUUUACCUGAUAAAUGUGAUCAUCUGUGUGUCUUGGAUUGGAACAACGAAGCUGUGUCAGCCAAAUGUUUAUGUGAAGCAGGAUACAAAAUGGAUGACAAAGGAAAAUGCAUAUAUGACAAAGACUGUAAAGGACAAACUGAUCCAAGUUGUAUUGUUUCUGAGAACUGUUCUGAGGAACAAGUCCGUUGUCCAGGAGGGAGAUGUAUACCUAAGAGUUGGUGGUGUGAUGGACAGGGAGACUGUGAAGGGGAUGGAGAUGAGGCAUAUUGUGACAAUACAAUGUGUAGCAUUACACAAUAUACCUGUGAUGAUGGACAAUGCAUUGACCUAGAAUAUAAAUGCAAUGGAAUGAAUGAAUGUAGAGAUGAAUCAGAUGAGUGGGGAUGUCCCAGUUUUUGUGAUGUAGAUACCGAGUUCCAGUGUUAUAAUGACACCAAGUGUUUACCCAUAAUAUUCAGAUGUGAUGGGGAGGCAGAUUGUGAAUAUGGAGAUGAUGAAAAAAACUGUAGAGAUCUUCCUAUUCCAGUGGGCUCCUGUAAUGAUGAAGAUGAAUUUAGAUGUUCUGAUGGGAUGUGUUUACCAGCGAAGUAUAAGUGUGAUGGAGACCAAGAUUGUGCUGAUGAAUCUGAUGAGCUAAACUGUCAUAAUGUUACAGUUCAAUGUCUUGAUCGUAUUGAAUGGAAAUGUGAAAAAGACCACAAAUGUAUACCUAUAGCUUGGAAAUGUGAUAAGGAAGUUGAUUGUCCUGAUAGCUCUGACGAAAAACAUUGUGAUGUUGAAUGUGAUUAUCCUAGCUACAAAUGUCCAGAAGAGUCCAACCCUCCAAUCUGUCUGAACCCAUUUCAACUAUGUGAUGAUAAACCAGACUGUAAAGACAAAAGUGAUGAGGGUAACCAUUGUACUAAUGCUACACUGUGUGAAAAUUCUGGUUGUACUAACUGCUCCAAGACGCCAUGGGGACCAAUGUGUGUGUGUGAGCCAGGGCAAACAUUGAGCUCAGACAAUAAAACUUGCAAAGCACUUGUAACCAGUAAAUGUGCACAGUGGGGAGUUUGUGGACAGUUAUGUACAGAGGACCAGGAACAGGGCCGUUCAGGAAAAGGAUAUCACUGCCAUUGUUCUCCUGGUUUCAUUUUGGAGAAAGAUGAUUACACCUGUAAACCAGCAAAAGAAACUGUAUACAUCAUAUUCUCGAACAGACAUGAGAUGAGACGAGUGGAUCUUGAUAAUUUCAAUUAUGCGUCAUUAGUAUCAGGGUUGCGGAACACAAUUGCUCUAGAUUUCUACUACGCUGAAGGUUGGAUUUUCUGGACUGAUGUGGUAGAUGACAAAAUAUUUAGAGGGAAAAUUUUAUCCAACAGUUUUACACAGAUCAAACCAAUCAUAGAUGUUGGCUUGGCCACAACAGAGGGUCUAGCUGUAGACUGGAUUGGAAAGAAUAUCUACUGGGUCGAGAGUAACUUGGACCAAAUAGAAGUAGCAAAACUUGAUGGGUCCAACAGAACUACUCUAAUUGCAGGAAAUAUGAUAAGUCCCAGGGCUAUUGUAUUGGACCCUAGAGUUGGGUCAUUGUUUUGGACAGAUUGGGAUGCCAAAUUCCCAAGGAUAGAAACCUGUUCUAUGGCUGGAGAGAAAAGACGAACAAUUUUCAAUAUCUCUGGUAUUACAGGAGGGGGAUGGCCCAACGGGUUAGCCAUUGAUUACGACUUCAAAAGAUUAUACUGGAUUGAUGCUAGGUCUGACUCCAUCCAUACGAUAGAUUAUAUUGGAGCUGAUCACAGAUUGAUAUUAAAACAUCACGAGGGAAUGAGACAUCCAUUUGCAUUGACACUAUUUGGGAAUUAUGUGUAUUGGACAGAUUGGGGAACUAACUCACUAAUGAGGGCUAACAAAUUCGAUGGAUCAAAUGUGACCACCAUUCAACAAACUAUGACACAGCCUUUUGACCUUCAAGUCUACCAUCCUUUACGUCAACCUUCAAUGCCGAAUCCAUGUGAAAAUAAUGGCAACUGUUCUCAUCUAUGUUUGAUUGGCUACCACCAGGUUGCCAAAUGUCUCUGCCCUCAUCUGAAAAAGCUAAGCAGCGAUGGCAAGUCAUGUAUAGCUGAUAACAAGUUUUUACUGUUCGUAAGAAGUAGCAUUAUCCGUGGUGUGGAUCUGGCUAAUGCUAACUUCAGCGUCAUACCAACAAUUACUGUUCCACAUGUGGAUAGGCCUACAGCUGUGGAUUACGAUGCUAAGGAAGGAAAACUUUACUGGGCCGACAGAAAUUUAAAUGUCAUCAAUAGUGCUAAAAAUGAUGGAUCUAAUGUGGAGACCAUUAUUGAUUCAGGUAUUUCCAACCCAGAAGGAUUUGCAAUUGAUUGGAUGUCGGGGAACAUGUACUUUUCAUCCUUUGCCUAUGGUGGCAACAAGGCAAGCAUUUCUGUUGCCAAGCUAGAUGGAGCCUAUCGUGCUGGAGUUGUGCUGACUGGUCUUACCAAACCUAACUCCUUAGUAGUAUUUCCAAGCCAAGGAUUGAUGUUCUGGUCAGAUGUCGGAAAUGAAUCAAACCAUGCUAUUUAUAGAUCCAAGAUGGAUGGAAGUGAUGUUACAACUAUUAUAAACGACCUCCAAAUGCCAGCAAGUUUAAAGUUAGAUGUAAAGACAAAACGACUGUAUUGGGUUAACAGGGGCAACAACUCUAUCAUGACUUGUGAUAUAGAUGGCAUGGAAUGUCGUGUGAUAAAAAACACCAAAAUAACCAAACCAUUAGCCUUGACCUUGACAGCAGACGGAAGGUUAUAUGUUGCUAAUGACGAUGAAAUUAUAUCCAUGACAACAACAGGGGAUAAUUAUCUAUUGUUACGAGACAAAACUCCAGAAAUAGAAGCAAUGCAGGUGUAUGACAUGGAUAUGAGAAAAGAUGGAAUAAACAAUUGUACAAACGACAAUGGAGGCUGUUCACAAUUAUGUUUACCAACAGGACCUGGCAGCCAUGUUUGUAAAUGUACUGCUGGAUUCAGACUGAUCAAUGGCACAAACUGUACAGGAAUAGAGUCUUUCCUGAUGUAUGCCACAGAAACAGAGAUACAUGGUAUACAGUUUAAUGACGAAGAGACAGCGGAGGCAUUACCACUCAUUUCUAAAAUAUCUAUGGCCAAAGCUAUUGACUUCCAUGCUGACGGUGACCAUAUAUACUGGAUGGAUAGUAAGACACAAUCGAUAUCUCGUAUCAAACGUGACUUAAUGGAGCGUAAAACAAUUGUUGACGAUGACAUGGGUUCUAUUGUGGAUAUUGCUGUUGAUUGGAUUGCAGGUAAUGUGUAUUGGGUGGAUGAAGGUCAUGAUGUCAUAGAAGUGGUCAAAUUAGACAGUAAUUUACGUUAUGUCAUUGUUCACGGAGAGAGAGAAAAUCCAAAGGAGAUUGUCAUUGAUCCUGUGAAUGGGUAUAUAUACUGGAUAAACUAUGCUGAUCAGAAAUAUUCAAUUAAGCAAGGUCGAAUGGAUGGCUCACAGCAAAAGGAGUUAGUGAUUACAUCAAAAAUGGAACCUAAACAUUUAACAAUAGACUACCAUGAUAAUUGUCUGUAUUGGUGGGAUGCUGUCAGUACAAGAAUCAUUAUAUACAAUAUCAACAGUGUAAAACUGGAUAACUCAAGUUUGCCAAAAGUAGAUUCUUGUGUUGGAUUAACUGUGUAUCAGGAGCAUAUUUAUUGGGCUCAACUAGUAAACAAAAAUAGUACAAUUAAAUUUGCUGACAAGCAUGAUGGAAGUGAUGUGCAAAUACUGCGAGAGAACUUGGGUUUACAGAUCACAGACAUUAAAGCAUUUGAUAAAAGUCUACAGGGACCUUCAGAGUCAAAUACUUGUAGUAGUGGUCUGAAUGGAAGUUGCCAACAGCUGUGUUUCUAUACUGGUGGGAGUACGCCAUCAUGUGCCUGUUCUUAUAGCAAACUGGCAAAAGAUGGCAGGACUUGUGAGGAUCAUGAUGCGUUUUUGCUGUAUUCUAAAGUGACAUCUAUUGAGAGUACACACAUGGAUGGUGGUAUUCAGAGACCACUGUGGAAGAUUGAAAACGAAAAUCAUAUGAAAAAUGUUAUUGGCAUGACUGUUGAUGUGGUCAAUAAAAGAUUAUUCUUCAGUGAUAUUCAACGUGGAGAUAUUCAAUAUGUUCAUUUUAAUGGCACAGAAUUUACUGUUGUAGUCGAUUCCGUCGGCUCAGCUGAAGGAUUGGCAUACAUGCAUGAUGAAGAUAGACCAUACUUGUAUUACACAAGUUACACAAACUCAUCUAUUUGUCGUGUACCAUUAAUUAGUAACGGAACCAAGGCAGGCCCUGUACAGCCUGUUGUACAACUAGGAGCUAGUGAUCACCCUAGGGCCAUUGUACUGGACGAAUGCACAAGGAGGAUGUUUUGGACAAAUUGGAAUGACUUGUCGCCAAGGAUACAAAGAUCAACAAUGGAUGGGUGGGAUGUGGUAUCAAUAAUAACAGAGGAUAUCAGAACACCAAAUGGUUUAGCCAUAGACCACAAAGCACAGCGCCUGUACUGGUCUGAUGCAAGAUUAGAUAAAAUUGAGAGAUCUGAUUUUGAUGGAAAAAAUCGUGAGGUGAUAAUUACCACACUCCCCCAGCAUUCCUUUGGUCUGACCAUCUAUGGAGAUUAUAUAUAUUGGACUGACUGGAUGUUGAGAGCUGUUGCCAGAGUGAAUAAGUAUGAUGGGAACAUCCAUUCUGUGCUACGUGACAAGUUAGACAGACAGCCAAUGGGACUCGCUGUCUAUGCUAAAGAUGCAGAAGUUUGUUCACAAAAUCCAUGUUAUGAGAAUGCUUUUGGAUGUUCUGAUCUUUGUCAUGUGAAAGAAAAUGGCCAAGCACACUGUACCUGUAGUGAUGCUAAAAAUGUACUGCUGCCUGAUGGGAAAACUUGUGUAUCAAAAGAUGCCAGAUGUUCAAAGACAGAUUUUGUGUGCCACGACAAACAAAAGUGUAUACCCAAAAGUGCUCUAUGUGACAAUGUUACCAAUUGUUUAGAUGGUAGUGAUGAAUUUCCAACUGUUUGCAGUAAAAUGCAAUGUCCACCAGGAACAUUCAAAUGUGACAAUGACAAAUGUUUGGGACUCAAGCUUAGAUGCAAUGGUAUCAAUGAAUGUGGGGAUUAUUCUGAUGAGGUCAACUGUACAUGUGACACCGAGACAGAGUUCAUGUGCAAUGACAGAGCGUGUAUUCAAAAGUCAUUUGUCUGCGACAGAGAUAAAGAUUGCAGUGAUCACUCAGAUGAAAUUAAUUGUAAUUUGACAUGUGACAUUGAUUCGUUCGGUGACACAAAGGAGACCGUGGUACCAUGUAAUACAACAUCUCAGUGUAUAUUACAUAGCUGGAUCUGUGAUGGCACCAUUGACUGUUGGGACAGCAAUGAUGAGAAAAACUGUCCUGCAAGUGAAGAUUGUCCUGCUGGUAAAUUCCGUUGUGACAGCGGCAGUUGUAUACCAAACAGUUGGAUGUGUGACACAGACAAUGAUUGUGGAGAUAACUCUGAUGAGAAAGGCUGCAAUGUAACCUGUGGUGAAUUGUUUGAAUGUAAAGACGGAACAUGCCUACCUAAAUCCUGGGAAUGUGACGGACAUCCAGAUUGUCCAGAUAAAAGUGAUGAAACUAAUGGAUGUCUUACACCAAACAGAACAUGUAAAACAGAUGAAUUCAGAUGCCACAAUGGUCGUUGUAUAUCUCAAACAUGGACCUGUGAUGGAGACUCUGACUGUCCAGACGGCGAGGAUGAGAAAGCUAAUUGUUCCUCUGUUUCAUGUGAAGCCAAAGAAUUCCGUUGUAACAACAACAAUUGUAUAAGGGAUAUAUUUUUCUGUGACCAUGACGAUGACUGCGGAGACAAUAGUGAUGAACCAGCAUCUUGUCCGUAUAAUAAGUGUAACACAUCUGAUGUAUUUGAUUGUGGAGACAACACAUGCAUUGACAAGAAACUGCGUUGUAAUGGCUACCCUGAUUGUUCAAACCGUGAGGACGAAGAGAAUUGUCCUACAUUUGAACCAAACAAGUGUGAGAAUGGAACAUUCCUCUGUAAGAAUGGCGACUGUAUCCAUGACGAUCUUGUUUGUAAUGGGAACAAUGACUGUGGUGACUCGUCAGAUGAAUCAGAACAAUGCUUUGUCAAUGAAUGUCAGUUUCCACAUCCUGUCUGCAGUCAUAAAUGUGUAGACACCAAGAUAGGGUACCAGUGUACAUGUCCUCCUGGUUACAUACUGAAAGAUCAUCAUAUAUGUGAAGAUAUAGAUGAAUGUAGGAAGGAAUACCCUUGCUCACAUUUCUGUGUGAAUGAAGAAGGCUCAUACCGUUGUUACUGUGCUGAUGGCUAUGCAUUGGAACCUGAUAAACGAACAUGCAAAAUUCUUAAUAAUGAAAAUCGGCCAUUUUUAAUAGUUGCCAACAGAAACCAGAUUUUGAAUAUGUCAUUUAGUGGCAGUUAUCAGAAAAUAAUUGUUAGUGACACAGAGAACGCUGUAGCUGUUGAUUAUGAUUUUAGAAGUAAAACAAUUUACUGGACAGACAUCACCAGUAAAAACAGCUGGAUACGACGACUUGACUUAAGCAGUGAUGAUAAUAAGAUUGAAACAUUGCAUGAUGCCAGACAUGUGAAGAAUCCAGAUGGACUGGCUGUAGACUGGGUAGGACAAAACUUGUUCUGGUGUGACAAGACUGCUGAUACAAUAGAAGUCUCCCGUCUGGACGGCAGCUAUCGUAAAAUCCUGAUAGAAGAUGGACUACAAGAGCCGAGAGGUCUGGAGGUGCACCCAUUACGAGGAUACUUAUUUUACACAGACUGGGGAGAUCAGCCACACAUAUCGAGAGCACACAUGGACGGAACUCACAUUGAACGAAUUAUUACCCAGAACCUGGCAUGGCCCAAUGGAUUGACGAUUGAUUAUGUGACGGAGAAAAUAUUCUGGUCCGAUGCAAGUUUGGACUAUAUAAGUAUGGCGGAUCUUGAUGGCAGUAACCAGUUUGUCGUGAUCAAUAAAAAUUUGCCUCAUACCUUUGCUCUAACGACAUUCACGGACUACAUAUUUUGGACUGAUUGGGAAUCAAAGAGUAUUAACAGAGCUCACAAGUUUUCUGGAGAAAAUCGUACAACGAUUGUUAAAACUUCACACAGACCUAUGGAUAUACAGGUCUAUCAUAAAAUGAGACAGACAGAAGCACAUUUUAAUCCAUGUCGUGUCAGAAAUGGUGGCUGUUCACAUUUGUGUCUUCUUAAACCAUUCAUGGUGUCAUCAUUCAGAACAUCAACAUUUUUCCGAUCGAUAACCAGGGUAUGUGGUUGUCCAGAAAACUACAAGCUUGAUGGUAGUUACAACUGUGUACCAACUUGCAAUGAGCCAUUCCAUUUUGAAUGUAAAGAAAGUUCCAAGUGUAUACCAUCAUGGUGGAAAUGUGACAAUUACACAGACUGUGCGGGAGGAGAAGAUGAAAUUAAUUGUACACAGCCCUAUUACUGUCCACAGAGAGGCUAUUUCCAGUGUAAAGGUGCCGUAGAUAAAACUGGUUGUUUGCCGCCAGUGGAUAUCUGUAAUGGUAAUGCAGAAUGCAAGGAUAAAUCUGACGAAGAACAGUGUGAUAAGUAUGACUGUUUAAAGGGUUAUGUAAAAUGUCAGAAAGAGAACAAGUGUAUACCACUGACACAUGUAUGUGAUGGGAACCAACACUGUAAAGAUGGACAGGACGAACAUAACUGUACUGCAAAGGAUUGUAAUGAGGAUCAAUUCAAAUGUGAUGGCAACCGAUGUGUUCCAUUCAUGUGGAGAUGUGAUCAUGACAAGGAUUGUUUAGAUGGUAAAGAUGAGCCGCCUGACACAGUAUGUAAGAAUACCACAUGUCCAAAAGAUUUCUUCAAGUGUACGUCAGGACGCUGUAUCCCUGAAUCAUGGAAGUGUGAUGGGGAUAUCGAUUGUAGUCUCACAGACAAUAGUGAUGAAAAAGAUUGUGCAAAUAGAUCUUGCAGUGCCAACCAGUUUAAGUGUGAUGACAACAAUUGUAUACCUCAAGGCUGGAAGUGUGAUUACGACAAAGAUUGUAAAGAUGGGAGUGAUGAAAAAAACUGUGAACAUGUAUAUGCCAAUUGUACCAGUGAACAGUUCUCAUGUUCUUCAAACAAGAAGUGUAUUCCAAAAUCAUGGCAGUGUAAUGGAGAAGUUAACUGUGUAGAUGGCAGUGAUGAAAGUGGCUGUGGAAACAGUACUCAGUGCGGUGAUGAUCAGUUUAAUUGUCAGACCAUGUGUAUACCUAAAGUUUGGCAGUGUGAUGGAGAUAUUGACUGUUCCAAUGGCAAUGACGAAAAGGAGUGCAAAAAUCCAGACCAGUGUGAACAGGGACAAUUCCAGUGUAAAAACAAAGUGUGUGUUCCUGGACUGUGGAGGUGUGAUACAGAAGAUGAUUGCCAUGACAACAGUGAUGAAGAUUCCUCCAUGUGCAAAGACUACACAUGCCCACCUGGAAGAUUCCGAUGUAAAAAUCAUAAGUGUAUUUUCAGCGACAAAAGGUGUGAUGGGACAGACCAAUGUGGAGACAACUCUGAUGAGGAAAAUUGUUUUUUUGACAGUGUGUGUACAGGACAGAGCUUCCAGUGUGACAGUUCUAAGACAUGCAUUCCUAUGGACAAAGUUUGUGAUGGAAAGAUUGAUUGCAUCAAGGAUGCCUCAGAUGAAAAGCCAGCUAUCUGCAAAAAUAUGGCGCCAUGCAGUGAUGAAUUAAGAAGAAACAGCAGUAUUUGUCAACAGAAAUGUAUUAGUCUACCUUAUAAGGCGGGUGCUUACAAGUGUGCUUGUAAAGAAGGAUAUACAUUAAUGGAAGAUGGUUUCCAUUGCCAAGUACAAGAUUUGUGUAAGAAGUGGGGCACAUGUCCACAGCUCUGUAGUCCAAAACAUAUGAUGGAGGCUUCUGCGGGAGUCCAUUGCUCUUGUGAGGAUGGUUAUGAAAAGAAAACUACAUUUGAUGGCACCUUGUCAUGUAUAGCUAAAGGUCCACAGCCAUUAAUAUUAGUUGCUAGAGAGAGUGUUAUUCUACAGUCAGACUUGUAUGGAAAGUCAGAAGAACAAACAAUUGGGAAGGAGAGUAGUGCCAAAAUAGCUAGCAUUGAUGCUGACAUGACAACUAGCCCUUGGUCAGUCUUUGUGGUCAGUCACUCUAACCACUCAAACCACUCUAUCAGUAAAAUGACAAUCCAAAGCACAAAGUCAGAGAAAGGGAAAGUGAAGAGAGCAGCAGUUCAACCAGUACCACAGGUUUUGCUCCACAAUCUUGGUAACCCUCAUGGUAUUGCAGUGAACUGGGUUGGCAAGCAUAUAUACUGGACUGAUUCUCACACAAGGAAAAUAGAAAUGGCAAAUUUUGAAGGCAAACAGCGUCGAUCUGUUAUUUCAUCUGCUUUGGAUCAGCCAUAUUCUAUUGUUGUACAUCCAGAAAAAGGGAAACUCUUUUGGACUGACAGGGGCUUUCCCCCUAAAAUAGAAAGUUCAAACUUAGAUGGAAGUGGUCGCAAGAUAGUUGUCAACGAAGAGAUAAUCUGGCCCAAUGGUCUAGCCAUAGACUACCCUAAUGGUAGAUUAUACUGGGCCGACACAAAGAAAAGGACUAUUGAGACAGUGGACUUAGAGGGAAAAGACAGACAUGUGGUCAUACAGUUCAACACUUCUACUGGGACACUGGCACCAUACAUGGUUGAUGUUUUUGAGGACUAUCUGUUUGUGAGUUUCUACCAUAACAGUACAGUGAUGAAAAUUAAGAAAUUCAGAACAAAUCCUCAUAGCCUUGAAGAUGGGCAUCCGUUAUUCAAGACAUUACUGUCUAUAGGAGACAUCCUGAUUCUGCAACCGAGCAAACAGAAAUUAAUUGACAACCACUGUAGUAUCACAGAGCUUCACUGUCCCUCGGCCAUGUGUAUUAAUAUGCCACAAGAAAGCACAAAGAAAUACAAAUGUGUGUGUCCAGAUGGCGCUCGCUACAUUGAUGAGAAAUGUGACUUUUCCACUUGUCUUCCUGGACACUGCUACAAUGGUGGAACUUGCAAUAUUUCUAACACUGGACCAAAGUGCAUCUGUCCACCGGGAUAUAACGGAACCAGGUGUAAUAACUAUAUAUGCAAUAACUACUGUCAAAAUGGAGGUCAGUGUAUGAUUCAUGAUGGAAAACCAAUAUGUAGAUGCCCAGAAAUGUUCUCAGGGGCAACAUGCAGUGAACACAAGAAUCCAUCUCUUUGCAAGGGUUUAUGUGAAAAUGGAGGCACAUGUAUAAUAAUGAAUGGCAGGAGAACAUGUAAAUGUCAAAAGGGAUUUACAGGUACGAGAUGUGAACAAUGCACUUCUCUCAUGUGUUAUAAUGGAGGAACCUGUCGCCAUAGUGACAGUAAUUCCCUGCAGCAAACUUGUGUUAAUGGAGAUUGUUAUAUUAAAAGUGCAGUUUACUGUGUUUGUCAAAGUGGGUACGAUCCAGACUCGCAAUGCUCGACUGCAUCUUGUAAGAACUAUACUUGUUCAGUAAAUCAAGUCUGUAAGCUAGACAAAGAGGGCCUACCACAGUGUGUUUGUAAAGAAGGUUACACUGGGGACAAGUGUGAUCCGCCUGUUGUUGAAUCUCAUUGUGAAAAAGGAUGUAAAAAUGGUGGUACUUGUAAACUGAAGACCAACUCAAUUGAUUAUGCAUGUUUAUGUCCUCCCCAUUAUGGAGGGACUUAUUGCCAGACUGCAGAGAGUAAAUGUGCUGGACACUGUUCCAACAAUGGAACAUGUCGACUAGUGAACGAUAGCCCUAAAUGCAGUUGUAAUGAGUACUUCACAGGAUCAAAGUGUGAAACUUGCCUCUGUCUGAAUAAUGGGAUCUGUAAAUCUGAUCAGAAUAAGUUCUACUGCUCUUGCCCAGGUAAUUACAGUGGUAAACUUUGCAAUGCAUCUGCCUGUGGUGAUUACUGUUUCAAUGAUGGCCAAUGUACAAAGUGUUCCAAAGAUAGUUCCACAGGGAGAUACAAAUGUUCAGCUUGCAGUUGUACAAAUGGAUUCGGAGGGGAGCGAUGUGAAACACAUGCUUCUGCACACAGCCAAGCACAGUCCAGUGAUAAGAAACAGAUGAUAACCAUUGUAGUACCUGUGGUCAUUGGUGUCGUCCUAAUCUUGGUCAUCUUAUUGAUCGUCAUUUUAUACAGGAGAAGAAGGGACCAGUUCAAGCAUCAAAGAAUGCACAAUUCUAACAUGGAGAUCAACAAUCCAAUCUAUAGACAACCAGUAGAUGGUGAAAUAGAAGGACAGGGAUCCGAAAUUGAACCAUUAGAUAUGGAGGGUGUAGAUCAUAAUACAAACUUUGCUAAUCCAAUGUAUGCAAGACUUUAUACUACAGACAGUACACAGGUGCUUCUACCAAAAGAUAGUGACAGUGAAGAGGCUUUAGAUAAAAAUGGAGAUCUGAACUUUUAUGGGUCAAAGGGCAAUCCAAAGAAGUCAAACUUUUGAUAAUUGCCAUUAUCAUGAUUAUAAUUGACCAUUUCAGAAUCUAAAGGAUUAUGGGUAGUUUUCAUUGUUUAUACCCCAAAAUGAAAAUAACAAUAUGUGAUUGGUUGAAAUUCAAUGUUUUAGGACACUUUUAACCAAUCAUGAUGCUUAGGUGUACACUAUUGAAAAUAUUUCCCAGAAUGCAUUAGAUUCUGCAAUGGUGAAUUGUGUGUACAGAUGUAGUUCUUUCAUAUCAUUGCUCAGUUAUGAAUAUUUCCCAGAAUGCUUCAUUAUUUCCCCUUGAUUGGAUGUGAACUAAGUGACUACAUAAUUAAUGAAUGUAAUUUCUAAGAAAGAGGGUCAAAUUUGGUAGAAUUGCCUGAAAUCUAAUUGCUUAGCAAUUCAGUAAUAAUAUAUCCACAGACACAAUGUAUUUAUUUAACAAAUUCAUGUACAUGUGUAGUUCUAUUCUAGUUAAAGAAAAACUUUAUGAAAAAAUACACAAUUUUCAUUUAAAUAUCUGUUCAAUGAACUAACGGGGAUAAUUUGAUUAAAAUAUUUGCCUUACAUGUUUUUUUUUCAUAAAGAAUGAAAGCAAAAUUUAUCCCUCUGUACUCAAAAGUACUUUUAUUAAAUUCUAUGACUUAAAGAGUUAAAUUUAUGAAUCAUUCAUUAAAAUUCUUGACAUUGCUAACAGUAAUUAUCAAAGCCUUUCAAAGAAUUUUAAAGAACUGGGUCAGUUAAUUUAAAUAAAUAUCAUAUCCUUUUUUGGCAUUGAUAAAAAUAAAGGAUUUAUUUUAAGAAUGAAACAUACUUUUAUCUCUGAUACCAUUGUAAAUAAAGUCAUCAGAUUGCUUGAGAGAAACUUGCAGCCAUCAAGCAAACACCAUUUAGGGUGGGUGCAUCUUUGUGUUUGUGUGUGAAAUAAAUGACCUUCAGAUAUCAAGAGCUUUAUACAUGAUGAAUUUGAUUGGUUAGUGUAAAUGUGGUACCUAAAAUGAUUAGAUGCUAAUUCAGAAUAUUUGUUGAUAAUUUUUUUUAUUACAAAGCAUGUAAACACUGCAAUAUAAAUAUAUCUGUGUUUAAUAAUUUUCUGUAUUUUUGAGGAAUACAUUGUAGACUUUUAUUGCUGUUAUAUAAAUACUUUUCCGUCAAAAAAAAUUACAGUUUUUACCCAAUAUUAAGUGAAAUUUUCAUAUUUUCACUUGAAAAAAUCUUUUUUAGUGCUUAACUUGUGUAUUUUCUUACAGUGUUGGGAAGGCAGUUUUGUAUAACAUAUCAUUAUAAUUAAAACGUCCAAGUUUAAUCAGUUAUCCUUUUUAAAAAGGAAAUUGAUCUAUAUACAGUGUACAUUCAUUCAUUAAUACAUAAUUACAAACUUAUAUAUAUAUUCAUAUCUUUGACAUUAAAUGUCUGAAGAUUAGUUGCAUUGUAAACUCUAUUGUGCAGAGUUCACGAUCUACAGGGUUUUACAUCGGCCAUUGUUUUGUUUUUAUGUGUGAGAGUAGUAAGUGUAUAAUUGUGAGUAUAACUGCUGACCAAUAAGAUCUGGUGCUUAACUUUGACCUCUGACCUUCAAGGGCAAGGUCAUUUCAUUGUAAUUAUAGCUAUUUUUGAGGAUUCGUGAAUAAUGAAAUGAAUUGUUAUUAUUUGAUGUAUUUCCGUUUAUAUUUUAUUUAUACAUGUUUGUGCUUUCAUUUUACAUAAAUAUAAUUUUUCAUUUUGGUACUGUUAUAUAAAUUGUAUUUUUUAUACUUAGUUUUUAGAAAAUUCUAGUGUAUUUAUAUGUUUUAUGUGUAUUUUUUAUACUGAGCUUUGAGAAAAUCUAGUAUAAAAUCAAAAGCAAUUAUUGUAUAUAUUGAUACGAAUAAUUUCCACCUAUCUUAUUAAAAGGGUUUUCACGUAGCAAGGUUUUUUACAGUAAUUAAUAUGCUUCAUAAGAAAUGUAUAUCUGCUUGGUGUCACACUAUCUUAUCUAUUAAAUACAGAACUAAAGCCUAUUAGAGGUACAUCAACUACUCCUUUUAAGUACUGUUUUGCUCGUUUGUAUCUCAUCGUACUAUCUUUUGUAUACUGGACAAAGGCCCACUACAGGUAUGUUUUUAAAUAUUUGUUGAUGAUAACCAAGUUCUCUAAUUCAAAUUGGAACAUAUUGCCAAAAGUUUAAGUAAGUUUCCUUAAGCAAUUUAUUUUAUCCAUUCUGGAGUGUUUAGUAGUGUCAUUAGUUCAGCUGUUUUAAAUUCUACUCUGAUAAAAUAGGUUUGUCUUCAUGAUUGAAGGUGCAAUCUUUAAUCAAAAGUUGAACCAUUGACGUUGAAUUUCAUACAAUCUUCUUGUUUCCAUUAGGAAUCUUUAAAGGAAUACAUUUUAUGCCCCACUAAGGGCAAUAAAUUUUUUUUUCUUGGCCCACUUCAGUUUAAAGAUUUUGGUCAAGUUUUUAAUCAAGGUAGUUUUGAUGAAGUUGAAGUCCAAUCAGCUUGAAACUUAGAACAUGUCUUCCCUAUGAUAUGAUUUUUAUACUAAUUUGAAUGCUAAAUACGAGUUUUGACCCCAAUAUCUUGGUUCACCGAAAAUAAAAAAAUGCUAAGUAUGGUUGGGGCAUCUUUGUACUAUGAACAUGUUCUUGUACGGUUUUUGAUGGGUAUUCAAUUGAAGAUUUAAGCAGUUAAUAGGUUUAUCUGGUCAAAUAUAAUCUGAUAUAGAGGGAAAACUCUCAAACUUUUCAUUCGUUAUACUGUGGAUUCAUUUUAUUUUUAUGGGUACAAAUUUCCGUGGACUAAGGAAAAUAUGCAUUUUCUUGGAUAUCUAAUUUCAUUGCUUUAGCAAAGUCUGCAAUGAAGACUUUGGGACAUUUGUAAUUGGUUUAAGGAGGUAGACCUAGGUUAAGGGAAAUAACUCUAAAAAUCAUCAGUACGUUUGUGUCAACCAUUUUCAUAAAUAUAUUCUAAGCUUCUAGGUUAUUUCCAAUCUGUUUCAGGUAAAUGCUUAAAACGCAUUGAUGAUACUUGACUUUUACAAAAACAUACCUGAUUUAUAGAGUUAUCUCCCUGAACCAAGGUCUCCCCUCUUUAAUUCAUGGUUCUACUUUACUUAAGAAAUCCAAGAAAAUUUGUAUCCAAUGAAUAAUAAUGAAUCAACAGUACUAUAAAUAUUUUUUAUGAUAAGAAAUUUAUGUGUUGUGAUAUAAAGGUUGUGCUUUGUUUUAACAUUCCAGUAAUUUUAGUUGUAUUAUGUGAUAUUGUUGUAUAUCAUUGUACACAGAGAUGUUGUGGUUAUUGUGUUUAUUACAGCUGAUUUCCUUAUGCUUGCAAAGUAAAAGUUUAGUUGGCUUGCUUGCUUGUGUGUAUAAUUGUUUAUACAAGCUUUGUAAAUAAGAUUGACAUCUUUAAAUCAAUAUAUAUAGGCAUAGUUUAACCAGUAUAUAUUAUAUUUGAAUUUAAUUGGAUGUUAUCCUAAUGAUUUUACAAUAUACAAACAAAACAAGUAAGCUAACCAAAGUUUUGUUCUACAUGCAUUAGGAAAUUAGCUGUAAACAAAUCCCUCCGUUAUUCUACUUUAUUAACAAUUUGCUAUAGUUAAGUUUUUUUCUGCAAACACUUUCAUCUUUUACAAAAUGUUUUGAUCAACCCAAGUUUCAAACAUUUCAUAUGCAUGUUGUUGAGUUUCUUGUGUAAACUCUUUCAUCUUUUACAAACUGUUUUAAUCAACCCAAAUUUCAGUUUCGAACAUUUGCUUUAAUAAAGUUUUUUUCUGCCAACUUUUUCAUCUUUUUCAAACUGUUUUAGCUAACCCAAAUUUCAAACAUUUGCUAUAGUUAAGAUUUUUUUGGCAAACAUUUUCAUCUCUGACAAACUGUUUUUAAGUUAUCCCAAGUUUCAAACUUGAAUUAUAUUAUAUAUGCCUUUUGUAAAUUUUGGUAUUUGGUUGAAUAUAUUAGGUGUAAGACUAUUAAGCUUUACCUUUUAUUUUCUAUUGCUUGUCCACAGCAAACUGUGAUGAAUAAUUAUGAAAUGCCAAAUCUUUAAAAAUCAAAAGCAUUAUAUUUUGUACCAGUUAUAUGAAAAUUGUUGUUUUUAAUUUUCUUUGUAUAAAAAUGGGUUUAUGAAACAAAAUAUUUUCAACUUUAUCUAUUUUUUAUAUUAAAAUAAUAUAUUUUGGCACAAGUGAACAGAUUAGUUUAGAAAAUGGCCAAAAAAAGACAUUAUUUACAAUUUUAUUUUGUUUGUGUGAUAAAUGAUAUUCAAUUCUGUAAGGAAAUGUCAAAAAUUAUUUUAAAUAAUUAUGUAUUAAAAAUGAAAGUUAUUUUGUUUCAUCAACACAUUUUACAUAUAAGAAAAUCGAUCAAGUUCUUUUAUAGUAUCAUUACCAAAGAAAACUGAUCUUCCAUAGAGUAGAAGGUAUGAUAUCGUUGUUGAUGGUAUUAAAUGUUUAAAGUUCUUAAUUCAGUUUUUUUAUAUUUAUAGCUUUUAAUAAGAAAAAAAACGUUUAAAUGUCUCCCUGUUAGAAGAUAGGUUUGAAAUAAUAAGCACAUUUGCUGCAAAUACUAAACAGAUAGUACAAAUUUUCUAAUAACACAUAAUUGUCAAAGUAAAUUUUUGAGGUAAUUGCAUACCUGAAAAUUAAGAUAAUUGUUGCUGCAAAUAUAAUCUGUAAUGUUUUUAGCAUUUGUCAGAACAAAUAACAGAUCUGCCAAAAGUUGUGGAAACAUACUAUUUUGUCCACUUCUAUGUAAUAUGAUACUUAAGUAAAGAUAAUUUUCAAAUGUUUCAGGUAUGUUUCUUUUCUUUUUAUCUACACACACACAUUGUUAUAAUAUUUUAUCAAGUGUUAAUCGAGUGUGUUUUAAGAAAAAAAUAUGUGAUGCAUCAUUUACAGUAUUUUAAGUAUACUGAGUUCUUCAUGACUUUCAACCAACUUGUUUUCUAAGAUUUUUUGGUGAAAUGGAUCACUGUUUCCUAGGUCUUAGUGAAAGCAAUUUUUUUCUUAAUGCAUAUUUAAAAAGGUAGGGAUACGUCUUAUCAAGGAAAUAGAGUGUCCUGAUAGGGUAGGAGUUCUUUCAAUAUAAAUUAUCAGCACAUCAUUUUCCAUUCCGUCUCCAGACAUAUUGUAUAUUUAUCAUAGCUACUAAGAGACAAAAAUAAAGUCAUUAUAUAUA